UUGAUGUUAUACUGUAACGCUUUCUUCAAACAUAUUCAUUCCAUUUCUCUCUGAAUGAAGGAUUUCAUGACACGCAGACAUUUUUAUUGUCAGUAGUAUGCCGUGCAUGAAUGACAACAAGGGACAGAAAGAAAGAGAGAGAGAGAGAGAGAAAGGAGGAGGAAGCAAGUGAGCGCGAGAAAGAGGAAGAGAGAGAGAGAGAGACACACUACACAACUAUGUCGAUGAUCCCUACGAGUUAGGAACGCGCAGUGCAGACGGCCACUUUAACACCUCCAAUCACUAAAGGAUUAUCAACACUUCUGCUGACAUUUCAGACCAUUCAAAUACUGGCGUCUUGAUCGCUGACCGAAAUCCAGGACGAUAUUAAUUUUCAAUGUCAAAGUAAAGGAGCAUCGCUGAUUCUGAAGAUGGAGAAAUGAGCCACCGGUGAGGCUUGAAGUGGGGUCAGCUGUAGAUGAUCUUCCUGCACCAUGCCGCCGGGGGUCUACGGCAUGCAGGAUGUGUGGGAGAGGGAGGGUCGGCAACAUAUCAACAUAGAGUUCCUCCUCCCCACGGGGAUCUACCUCAACUUUCCCGUAGCAUGCAGUGACACCAUUAGUACCAUCAAGAAGAUGGUGUGGAAGAAUGCCAGGAACGAGCCUCUGUUCAGUGCCCUGAGUGACCCGGACGCCUAUGUCUUCACCUGCAUCAACAUGACCGCGGAGCGGGAGGAGCUGGAAGACGAGCAGCGCCGCCUGUGUGACGUUCGGCCAUUCAUGCCAAUUCUCAGGCUGGUGGCCCGGGAAGGCGACCGAGUCGAGAAGCUCAUCACCACCCAGAUCAGUCUGCUUAUAGGAAAAGGUCACCAUGAAUUUGACUCCCAAAAGAACCAUGAGGUGAAUGAAUUCCGAACAAAAAUGCGGACGUUUUGUGAAGAGCGUGCUCAGGAGCGUCAGAUGUUGCCUUGGGAACCAUGGAUGAAGUUCAACUUCCCGUGGGACUUGGAGCCGUGCUCUGUAGUGGCGCAAUCAGGGAAAUCGCGCAGCGUCAAAAAGAUUUUGGUCAAUGUGAAGUUUGAGGGCAGUGAGGAGACCUUCGUUCUCCAGCAAGAUCCACAUGACCUGCCGAUGGUUCUGAAACAGAACGCCUUGAGAAAGAAGUCCAACGUGUUCCGAUCGACCAAGCAGGAGAAGCCAGAGGACUACACCCUUCAGGUUAACGGGACAUGGGAGUUCAUUUAUGGAGAAUAUCCACUCUGCCAGUUUAAAUAUAUUUUUACAUGUUUGCAUGGAGGUAUUACCCCACACCUGACUAUGGUGCAUCAUUCAGUCAUCAUCAAGUACCAGGAGGAACAGGGUGGCCUCAGUAACCAGGUGUCCAGAACUCGUGCUCAGUCCAAACCGCCCCCACUGCCUUUGAAAAGGCAAAACACAUCUUCGCUGUGGUCCAUCCAUGAGCCUUUUUAUAUAUACCUCCUACAGGGCAGCCGAGUGAAUGCAGAUGAAGGCAUGAAGCUGGUGGUUCAGGCUGGCCUCUUCCAUGGCAGUGAGCUCCUGUGCAAAGUGGUGACCAGUAAUGAGGUCAGUGUUUGCUCUGAACCUGUAUGGGACCAGAAACUAGUGUUUGACAUCGGCGUGAGUGACCUGCCUCGAAUGAGCCGCCUCUGCUUUGCCCUCUACGGUGUCAUCGAGAAGACCAAAAAGCGUCCUACCAAGAAGAAAAACAAAAGAGCGGACUGCCCACUGGCCUGGGUUAACACGAUGGUGUUUGACUACAAGGACCAGCUAAAAACUGGAGAAUUUUCCCUGUCCACAUGGCCAUCAGUCCCAGAUGAUAAAGGGGAUUUGUUGAAUCCUAUGGGCACUGUUGAGAAAAAUCCAAACAUUGACAGCACGGCUGGUCUCCUUAUUCGAUUUCCCAACAUCAGACCACACCCCCUGUAUUAUCCUCCAAUUGAAAAGCUAAAUGAGCUGUGUACGAAUGGUGAAAAAGUUGUUGCUACAAAAGAAGAGCACCUGAAACUGAAAGAGAUUGUGGACAAUAAAAACUACACAGAGUUCUUUGAGGACGAGAAGGAGCUUCUGUGGAAGUUACGUGAAGAGGUGAGGCAGCGAUACCCAGAGAGCCUCCCCAAACUCCUCCUCAUCACUAAGUGGAACAAACACGAGGACGUGGCUCAGAUGGUUGGUUUGUUGCGGAAAUGGCCAGAAUUGCCUGCUUUACAUGCUUUAGAACUUCUGGACUACAGUUUCCCUGACCCUCAUGUCCGCUCCUUCACCAUCCGCUGCCUCAGGAAGUUGUGUGACGACGAGCUCUUUCAGUACCUCUUGCAACUGGUACAGGUUCUGAAGUAUGAAUCCUACCUGGAUUGUGACUUGACCUGUUUCUUGCUUAAGAGAGCCCUGGCCAACAAGAAAAUAGGUCACUUCUUGUUUUGGCACCUCAGGUCAGAAAUGCAUGUGCCCUCAGUCAGCUUGAGAUUUGGACUUAUUCUGGAGGCGUACUGUCGUGGGAGCAUCUUUCACAUCAAGAGCUUGAUGAAGCAGAAUGAGGCUCUGAAUAAAAUGAAGGCUCUCAAUGACUUUGUGAAAUCAGCCAGUCAGAAGGCAACCAGGAUACAGACUACAGAGGACAUGAAAGUGUGCAUCAAACAGGACACUUACAUGGAGGCGCUUUCGGAUGUCUUUUCCCCUCUCAACCCAAGCAUUGUGCUGUGUGAACUAUGUGCAGACAAAUGUAAGUUCAUGGACUCCAAAAUGAAACCUCUGUGGCUGAUGUAUAAGAACAAAUAUGAUCAUGUGGGCAUUAUCUUCAAAAAUGGAGACGAUCUGCGGCAGGAUAUGCUAACCCUUCAGAUGAUUCAGCUAAUGGAUGUUUUGUGGAAAACCGAAGGUCUUGACCUCAGAAUGCUGCCCUAUGGAUGCCUGUCAACCGGGAACAAAACGGGUCUCAUCGAGGUGGUGAAAAACUCAGACACUAUCGCCAACAUCCAGAGAAACAACAGCAACAGUGCAGCCACCGCUGCCUUCAACAAGGACGCUCUUCUCAACUGGCUCAAAUCCAAAAACCCAGGGGAUAAACUGGAUCAAGCCAUUGAGGAAUUCACCCUCUCCUGCGCAGGCUACUGUGUAGCCACAUAUGUUCUCGGAAUAGGGGACCGUCACAGUGACAAUAUAAUGAUCAGGGAAACGGGUCAGUUAUUCCAUAUAGACUUCGGGCACUUUUUGGGGAACUUUAAGAGCAAAUUCGGGAUCAACAGAGAACGUGUGCCUUUCAUUCUGACAUACGACUUUGUCCAUGUAAUCCAAGAGGGCCGGACCAACAACAGCGAGAAAUUUGAACGGUUUCGCGAGUGCUGCGAACAAGCCUAUAAAAUCCUUUGCCGGAAUGGGACUCUUUUUGUGAAUCUUUUUGCCUUGAUGAAAGCUGCAGGACUCCCUGAGCUCAGUUCUUCCAAAGACAUCCAGUAUCUCAAGGACUCUUUGGCACUGGGGAAAUCUGAGGAGGAAGCACUGAAGAACUUUAAAGUGAAAUUUAAUGAAGCUCUAAGAGAGAGCUGGAAGACCAAGGUGAACUGGAUGAUGCACACUUUUGCCAAAGAUAACAGAUAAAUGGCAUUCGAUCACAGGAGACCCACUGUAAACCUCUUGAUGCUGAGUUUUGAUUUAAACCAAUGCAGCUUUGAACACAAUAUAUGUUGCACUGCUGUCUGGCAUUUAUGGCAUUAUACUUCCAUGCAAAGGCAAAAUGCCGUAACUAAACAGUUUGUUAAAACUGAGUUAUCAACAAUAUCAUAGGUCAAAUGCGACUAGAUUCUGUGUUUAAAAUCCAGAAAUUCUGCGUUUUGCCUUUACAGGGCAGUAUAUACAUCAACAGCUGUUUAGCGAAUGUUUACAUCUGUGACGUAAUAGUAAAUAUUUCUAUACAUUUGUUUUAGUGAGACCUACUGCUUGAAAUUAGAGUAAUUUCAGAUACAUGUUGUAUUUGCAACACACUGCACUGGGAAUCGAAGCUACUAAUUUAACAAACUAUUGGCGUGCCACUAAUUUAACUAGCAUCUCUGGUUUGUUUCCAUCACAUUUGUAUACCUGCAAAGAGAAAAGCUCAGAGCAAUUGAGAUUAAUGUAUUUAUCAUUUCUAACUGUACAGCAUAGGUGACUUUUGUUCUGGAGAAGAAAGCACUUCGUGUUUUCAUAAGGUUUACAUUUUUGUUUCAGGAUUUUUGUUUCUCUGUUUACAUGAAUUUGUUUGGUUGUACAUAUUCUUUAGUGUAUCAUACGUAUAUUUACAUUCCUUAAAACAGUAUUUUUUAAUUUUAAUGAUUUGUAUACUAGGAAAAUUGUUCAUCAGGAAAGCCUUUGUAUAGUGGUGUACAUGAGAAGACAUUUUGUAUGGCAGUGUAGAAAUGAGCCUUAAAUAUUUUGUAUUUGUGGGGUAUUCUGUGCCUUUGGGAUAAGACACAAGCCAUCUUGAAGUCAUGUCCAAAGAGUUUGCUUUUUGUUCAGUGAAAUGUGUGCAAAGGAUUUAUGCCUUGUGCUACUGUACUAUAAAUCAGGGCAAAAGUGGAAUAUUAUUGCUCUGUAGAACAAUGCGCUGUUAAUUGUGUGCCUAUUUUGAAUAUAGAGUCGGUCAGGCUUGUGUUUUCUCUUCCGGUAAACCUUAAUCAAUUCCAGAAUGUAUCACCACAGUAUUCUCUGACUGAAUCCACUGCUACCUGAUUCAUGAAGAUACUUUUUCUCAACAGAUGCUUAAAUGCUGUUUGUUUUGAAUCUUUAAAUAUCCUCUAGAAUGUGAAUUUUUAAAAGAGAUUUAAAGCUAAAUCCACCUAAUCUUUAUAUAUGAAAGUCCUAUAAACACCCACUGCAUAUCAUUUUAAUAAUGUACGGAAGAUUAGUGUACAGAGGGAUAACUUUCACAUAAUGGAUUUUAGCAUUGGUGUAGGUAUUGAUGAGUAUCUAUUGGACUACUAACUCAGUAUCUCUCAUGCUGUGGUCUUGUCCAAGCCUUCAUUAAUUUGUUUUUGAUUAUGUGUUUUUGAUAUGAUCUUUAGUCACUUCACAGAGUGAAACGCUAGGAUCUUUAAUUUCUCAGUUUACUAAUGUAUUGUUUGUUUUUAAACAUGACUGCUUUAUGAAGUUUUCAGAGAUAUGAGUUAUGUAGAGUGUUCUUCUUUCUCAUGUAUGCUAUAAAUUAUUGAUUACGAAAUUGA